AUGGUGGUCUCGGUGCAGUUUGAGUUCAUGACCGCUUUUUUGAUUAUCAUGAAUUGCAUGGCAAUCGGCUUGGAAGCUAGUGUGGAGCCUGGCACCGCCACGUUUGCCUUCAACUUCGUUGAGCACCUCUUUGUUCUGCUCUUCUUCGUCGAGUGGUGCCUGCGCUUAGUCGCUUUCGGGUGGACGUGGCUCUUCGAGCUGAACAACUUCCUGGACACGCUGCUGGUGUUCUUGACUGGGAUUCUGAUGAAGUGGGUGCUCGAGCCGCUCGGUGUCGACAUCGGCCAAUUCAGGAUGUUCACCGUGCUGCGCGCACUGCGGCUGGUGCGGCUUGUGCGUUCCGUGAGGCUGCAGGAUACGUUCAGGGAGCUGUGGAUAUUGAUCCACGGCCUGAUAAUCUGCGUGAGGCCCCUGUGCUGGGUGUUCGUCAUCUUCUAUGUCAUCCUUUACGUGUUUGGGGUGAUGACCACCGCGCUGAUCGGAUACAGCGACGUCUGGGAGGACGACGAGUACAUUCAGUCUCUCUUUGGUGAUCUCAUGAAAUCAACUUUCACCAUGUUCCAGAUGUCGACCAUGGACACGUACUUUUUUUCCAUCGUCAGACCGGUGAUGGAGAAGCAGCCACACCUCGGCCCAUUCUUCAUCGCUUUCGUGCUCCUGACUGUCUUCGUGUUCUGGAACCUCAUCACCGCGGUGAUUGUGGAGACAGCCUUCGCGAUAGCGAAGCAGGACCAAGAGAGUUUGGCGAAGGAGAUUCAACGCGAGAAGAUGGACGAGCUCAAGAUGCUCGCCGAUAUCUUCCUCGAGAUCGAUAAGGACGGCUCGGGCGAUCUGAACAAAUACGAGUUUUUCGGGGCGCUGGACAACCCGAAGGUUUGCAACAUGAUACAGAUACUGGAUCUGAGCAGGAGCCCACCGCAAGAGCAUAUCCACAUCCACUGCUUGGAGCCAUGCCCCGGGAUCUGA